AUGUCUUCGAUCAAAAUAAUGGAACCAGACACAUAUUGUUUGGAAAAAAGUUCAUCCCAACCAAUGACAACAAAAUCAACAAUAGCCAAUGGUUCCACAAAUCAUUCUCAUCCUCUACAACCUCCUACAUUAACAUUACCACCACCACCAUCUAAAUCUUCUUAUCGUAAUGGCGUUUUAUCUACAUCAACUGUUAAAAAUGUUAAUUUUGUAUCACAAACAACACGUUCAUUUCGACAUAAAUUCAAAAAACAUCAAAAAGAAUUGCCUAUAGCGACGACAAGUGAUGAUCAAAAUGAAGAAGUAAAUAAUUUAAAUGUAGAUGAUGAACGUAUUGAAGUGAAAAUUUUACCACAAGAUAAUUGGGGUGAAACAACAACUGCUUAUACAUCAGAAGUGGGUAGUGAUGUAAAUGGACUCGAUAAUGAUUUGAUGACAACUGAUUGUGAGGGUGGAAAUGGUGAUAAAAUGAUUAACGGUGAUUUAGAAAAUCUAUCAUCAAGGCAGUCAUAUCGUCAAUGUACAGUGAGAUGGUUAUCAAAAUUCUCAAUUUAUCUUGUCUGUUUUUUAUCUUAUAUUACACCACUAUUAUUCUUGAUAUUACCAAAAAUUCAACCAUUUAAUAAUUAUUUAAAUAAAACAAUAAUAAAAACUGUUGAAAUUGAUAAUUAUUAUUAUUAUUAUUUGCCGAUUACGAUCAAAUUAAUACUGUUAUUCAUUGGAUUCUUGGUAUUAUUUUAUAGACGUCGUCGUUCAGAAUCCUUUCCUCGUAUUCAUUUGUACAAAGCAUUAAUGCUAGUCCUAUUAUUAUUAAUUUUAUGUUUCUAUUGGCUCUGUUAUGUUUGGAAACUUUUGUUUUCGAGCAACGAUAACUCAAAUUAUGAUCAAAUUCUCCAGUAUACAUCAUCCUAUUUAGAUAUAUUAUUAUUCUUACAUUAUAUAACAUUGUUAGUAUUAGAAAUUAAAUGUUUAUAUCCAAAAUAUGUUGUGAAAAUUGUAAGAUCACCCGAUGGUGUAACCAAACAAUAUUCGAUCGGUUCAAUAUCAAUUCAAGAAGCAAGUGUCUAUUUACUUGAAUUAUAUUAUAAAGAUUUUUCACAAUAUAACCCAUGGUUAGAAAAUGCUCAACAUCAACGUGCAAAACGUAGUGAUGGUGGAUUGGGAAAUUAUUCAACGAAAUCGGUGACCAGUCAAUCAACAAAUCCAAGUUUUAAAAUUUAUAAUGUUGAUCAAACACAAACAGUGCAAACAACAAUACCCACCUCAAUUCGAUCUCGUGGUCGUCCAUACAAUGAACGAUUCUAUGAUGAAUUAGAUUAUGAACGUCGUGUAAGAAAACGUCGUACAAAAUUGUUGGCAGCAUGUGAAGAUGCAUUUACUCAUGUUAGAAAAUGUCAUGAUAAAAGAGGAUCUCAUGUACCGAUGGAUUCAAGAGAAGCAGCACAAGCUGUAUUUUCCUCCAUGUCACGUUCAUUACAAAAAUAUUUACGUAUUACUCGUCAACAACCAUAUUAUACUCGUGAAUCAAUUAUUUAUCAUUUGUCAACGUGUCUCUCCUAUGAUAUGUCACCACGUGCAUUUCUUGAACGUUAUUUAUCACAAACUGAACAAACAACCACUACUUUAUCUCGUCCACAACAGCAAUCUCAGAAUCAACAAUGGUUUAUUAUAUGUGAUAGACAAUUGAAUCGUUCCAUUCAUGAUAACUUGUUAGUCGUUCUAAAAUAUCAAGAUAUACAAUUGAUGUGUACAUUCAAACAAUUACCAAAAAUUCAAUUGAAACAAAAUUAUUUUGAUCAUAAAGAUAAUAAAUUUAUUCUCAAAUUAAAUUCAGAAACAUCUGUCUAA